AUGAAAACUACAAGGGUACUUUUCUGCAGACUCUUUGUUGUCCUGUACCUCCUUCAGAUGGUUACUCCAAGUUCAGAACAAUUCAUGGUGAAAGGCAUAAAGGGGCCAAUCCUGGCUCCAUUUGGUGGAGAAGUUGAGCUCAGUUGCCAGUUGUCUCCACCGCAGAGUGCACAACACAUGGAGAUCCGCUGGUUCCGUAACCGCUACACACAACCUAUUUACCUGUACAAGGGGGGUAAAGACCUGUAUGGAGAAACUACCUCCGGGUAUGUGGAGCGGACAGAACUCCUCAAAGAUGCCAUUGGAGAAGGUAAAGUGACCCUCAGGAUCUUUAAUGUCAGUGUUGAUGACGAUGGGCAGUACCACUGCUUCUUCAGAGAUGGUGAUUUCUCUGAAGAGGACAUCACAGAAGUGAAGGUCACAGCUACAAGCUCAGACAUACAGAUUUUUGUGCAUCCUCCUAAUACCAAAGGUCUUAUUAUGGAAUGUCAUUCAGGAGGUUGGUUCCCACAGCCUCAAAUGGAAUGGAGAGACAGCAGAGGAGACAUACUCCUACCUACAUCAAAAUCUCACUCACAGGAUAGAGACAAAUUGUUCAACAUGAAGAUGACCCUUCUUCUCAGGGAUGCCCACUCUGGAAAUGUUGCUUGCUACCUUAGAAACCCUCUAACUGGCCAAGAGGAAAGAACAAGCAUUGUCUUAGCAGAUGAACUAUUUUCACAGAAGAAAAUUUGGAUAAUAAUUAUAAUUACACUUGUGACAGUGCUGAUAUCCUCUAUUCUGUUGUUUUCUUUUGUGCUUUCCCCCAAAUCCAAAGUAUGCUGCAGCUGGAAUUCUCCUCUGUUAGUGGGUUCAGUAAUAAUUAUUUCUUCAGUGGUUGUAGAUGUCAUACUCAGUGUCUGUUUGUAUCAGCGUCAAAGAGAAUUACCAAGAAAAAAAAACACUUUAAGGGAAAUUUCUGCUCCAGAUGACAGUAUGACUAUUAGGAAUUGUAGUUUUUCAGAACCUUCAGCACUAGAUAAAGCCAACAAAGGCAUAACAUAUCCAUAUUUCCUUCAGACUCUGGCCAGCCAGAGCAAGCACCAAGUUCCUGAUUCAGAUCCACUAUUUGCAUUGGAUGCCAUCUGGGCAGAAGAUAUGAUUGUGGCCCUCUGGGUGCUGAUGGUCUUCAUCACCAUGCUCAUUUCCCUUAUUUACUUCAAAAUGAGAG